AUGGAACACAGACCCUCUCCAAAGUUUCACCUCAAGACGAAGGAGGACUGGGAGGCAUACCGGCCGGUAUUUACCCAGCUGUAUAUGGAUCAAGACCUUGCUUUGCCCAAAGUGAUGACUAUAAUGGAAGACAACUACAAUGUUUACGCAAGUUUAAAGAUGUUUAAAAACAAAAUCAAGGAGUGGGGCUUGCGGAAAUACCUCAAGGGAGACGAAGCCCAAAAGAUAGUCAAUGGGGAGCUUCCCGCAACCAAGGCAAUACGUACAAGUGUCGAUGCAAACGAGGCUUUGAAGCGAGCAGCACGCUCUCUCAGGCGACGACGAGCUCGUCAGAAGGCUCAUGCAAAGAAACACGGCUCACCCGAGCUGUCCGAGGCAUCAAGCCCACCCGUGCUGACCUUAUCACCGGUGGAAGCAUCGGAUAGUAUGAUGCAAUGGAGCCCGGUGGAAGCAUCAGAGAGCUUGGUGCCAUGGAGCCCAGCCGAAGCAACAGAGAGCUUGGUGUCAUGGAGCCCGGUGGAAGCAUCAGAUAGCUUGGUCCCAUGGAGCCCAGCCGAAUCGACCAUCUUAUCUUCGCCCGUCACUCUAGACAGUAUUCGCCUCCCAGCGGGUAUCACGGAACAAUUUCUGUUCAACCUUCGAGCCUGGACGCACGAGGCAUGCUCUCGGGGCGUAUGGGACCUGCAACUGUCUGCUCAGCAUCAAAGCGGACGUCGAGCAUCACGUUUACUCUCUUCCUACCUUACCUCGGGAAUCACCCUUUUUGAGAGUGGCAAGUCGCAGCUGGCCUUCGAACAUUGGGGCCAAGCCUUUGCCGGCUUCAAAAGUCCCAACCUCUUCACAUCCUGGUACCACGAUAUCCCGAUGCGCCUGCUCUUCGAGGUGGGCCGAGUAGCGCAAAGCGGACAUAAGCCGCUUGCAGCAAUGCUGUUAAAGAACAUCAAGGAUUGGGCGACGAACUUCCUCCACGAAGAUGACUGCCGACGGGCGCUGUUUGUAGCGUUUGGUGGGUUGGACGUUGACCAGCUCAGAGAUUUGUAUGGUCGUGCGGCUAAAUGCAUGUACAAUGGCCUGGAGUCUCGAGUUGACAAGCAAAACCACUUGCUAUACGAGGUGCGCCUGAACAGGGCGUUGGACAUGCUGUGGUACGAUGCAGGCACAGAUCUUUCAGAAUGGCUUCCGGCCAUUGAAGAGGUUGACCAAGCCUGUGGACCUAAUAACUACUACUCGGUCUACUUCCUCCUCUUGGAGGCAUACAGGCUUGUGGCGCAUGGAACCCAGAUGGACGUCGAUGAGAUAUGCAAGCAAGUCGAGCAGAGACUCCGGGAGCUUAAGGAGGCCCAUGGGAAGAUCGACUCAUGGCGGGUUGGCCUGGGGUAUCGUCGUCUGGGCCGACAACAGUUCACCAUGGGGCGUUAUCGUGACGCGCGACGCAGCUACAACACAGCAUUCAGAUACGUCCGCAACGACCCACAGCUGUCGAAUGCGGUCUUGAUUGAGAUUUGCGAACGUCAAGUCAGCAUGGCCAAACACAUGCACGACGAAGAGGACGAGAUACUAUGGAGUGAAAUGCUGACGAGGCUGGAGCAACAGACAAAGACACAAACUGACGCCGACUCGAUUCAGCGCUCGGCGACAUUCAGCCACAGCAAGGCGAAUGCUCUAACCAACACUGAGAGAGCGCUGAUAGCAGCCAGCCCGAAACGAUCAAUGACUUUAUGA